AUGGAGAACCCCAGCACUCUCUUUCCGCCUCCGCCUCUGAGACCAUACCAAGGCCGUGAUCGAGAAUGCCCUGGACUUGACACCCGUCGUAGACCUCGGCCCCGAGCUCGCGGGAUCUACGGCGGCACUGUGAUCGCCCAGUGUUUAUCCGCGGCCAUGCGAACCGUCCCCGCCGACUUCGCUGUCCACAGCAUGCAUUGCUAUUUCGUCCUCGCCGGUGACUCGCAAAUCCCAAUCCUAUACCAUGUUGAACGGGUGCGCGACGGACGGAGCUUCAUGACUCGAACAGUGCAGGCGCGUCAACGAGGACGACCCAUCUUCACUACUACAUUGAGCUUCAGCCGACCAGGGAGCGGCGGCGAGAAGACCAUCAACCAUGCGGCCUCGAAGCCUGAUAUCCCGGCUCCGGCAGACCCACCGGCAGGGGUGUCAGGACAUGGGCCAGUGACAAUGCGGGCGGCGCUCCGUUCGAAUCAACGAAGUCCGUCGUACUCAAUCGAAACUCACCAGAUCCGACUGAUAAGAGAAUCCGACGAUUUAUUCGGGCCCGAGGGCGGCUACUUCAUCGGCACCGUGUCCCGCGUACAUGGCAUUCCUCGGUUUUCGUCUCCGGCCGAGCUUGAAAAGCUACUCAAAGCGUUGAAGAAUCCAUCGGAUCUGGAUGAUGACGAUAUUACAAAGGCUCUGAAGGAGCUCAAAGAAGAGGAGGCAGCCGACUUGCAGCAUCGACUGGAGGGGGCGCUCAACCAAGCGGAAAAGAAGGAGCACAGAGAAGUCGGCAUGAUGGUCAGCUUAGAUCAUUCGAUCUACUUCCAUAAUCCAAGGGCAUUCCGGGCGGACCAGUGGCUUUUGACGGAGAUGGAAAGUACCUGGGCCGGAGAGGGUCGCGGGUUGGUCAUUCAGAAGAUCUGGGCCCAGGACGGAACCUUGAUCGCAACCUGCACUCAAGAGGGUGUGGUCCGAUUAAAGCAGGAUGAGCCAAAGUCCAAGAUCUAG